AUGGCGACGACAGCAGCAACGAAGCGGCGCGAAGAGACCGACGACGAGUUCGACGACGAGCAGCUGCUCGCGGACCUCGAGCACGAGCUACAAACGGUGCAGACGCUCAAGCUACAGACGCGGCAGCGCAUCGAGGAGCUGCUGCAGGACCACCAGCGCUUGGCGCAGCAACAGCGGCGGCUGCACCGGCACCACGACCGACGCGACGCUGGCGCAGCCACUGCGCGGAUGCUUCAGCUGCAGGCAGACGAGCGCGUGCGUCUGGCAGCGGCAGAGGCCCAGCGCGGACGUGCGGAGCAGAUCGUCAAGGACGGGGCCGAGGCGGCCGAGCGCCGUCGGGAGUACGCAAUCGAGACCGACGACAAGGCCUUGGACGACCUGGACGCCUUUUUGGUCGAGGACGCUGCCCAUUAUUGA